UUUUACCAAAGGACGAAUUUUCCAGUCAAAGCUGCUGUUUGACUCUGCCAACUAAAUUAAAAACCACCUGUCAUCAACCCCCACCACCCUCCCCGCCGUCACCUCCUCCCUCCCCUAUAACCAUCGUAACACCACCGACAUUUUCGAUACACUAUAUUUCACUUUCAUUAGAUAUAUACUACACAUAUAUACAUAGAUUAUGUAAACCACAUUAUCAAAUGCCACCUAUCGGUUAAAUCUUCCUAGAUUUCCGUUAGAUUUUUGUAUAGUUAGUUGCAAAGAAGUAAGUUGUACGAAAAAGAAAAAAGAAAAUAAUAAUAAUAAUAAUAAUGGCGGGUUCAAGUUCUUUUUCUCUUUCUAGGUUUCUGUCUCACGAGACAGAAACCGAAAGUGGAUUACAAGCAGAAGAUGAAGAUGAAAAUGAUGAGAGUGAUAAUGAAUAUGUUUCAAUGAUUCCAGACGAAGAAUGUGUUCGAGUUUUACUAGAUAAAGAAAGAGUAGAUCACACUCACAUUUAUUCGAAUGUUGAAGAUUGGAUUAAAGUUGCUCGAUCACAAGCGAUCCAAUGGAUAAUCAAUGCGAGAUCGUUUUUACAGUUAAGUGUCCGUACUGCAUACUUGUCUAUAACGUACAUUGAUCGGUUUCUUUCGAAAGGACUUGUCAUUAAGGACAAGCAUUGGGCGGUUCGAUUGCUAUCGGUUGCUUGUUUGUCAUUGGCAACAAAGAUGGAAGAACGAAUGCGUCGACCUUUAUCCGCUUUUGUGACAGGAGAAGACGACGAUUUCGAGAUCACUAGUAUUCAUAGAAUGGAGCUUUUGGUUUUAAAUUCAAUGGAUUGGAAAAUGCAUUCCGUCACCCCUUUCCAUUUCAUUCACUAUUUCAUAUCAUAUCUAUGUGAAUCGUCUUUAAAGAAACAUUUUGUGUCUUUAACUAGACAAAUCAUUUUUGCCGCAACAAAAGAUAUGAAUAUAUUGGAGCAUCGUGCAUCUACUAUAGCAAUGGCAGCUACAUUGAUGGUCAUGGAUCAAAAUUUGACUAAAGAAUCUUUGGAGAUUAAAAUGAAGACUACUUGGUUAAAUCAGCUUUAUGAUCAUGAAGAUGUAUAUACGUGUUACACUCGAUUACUAAAACUUGAACCGCUAAAGGUUGAUUUGGCAAAAAACAUCGAAAAUUCAUUGACGGGCACAAAAAGAAAGAGGCUGACAUUCAGUGAAGAAGAGAAUAUGCCAAAUGAUAUCUGCGCAAUGCGGUGGCAAUGACAAUGACAAUGAUUUUGUGGUAUCGACAGAUGGUGACGGCGGCGGCAACCGUUUGUGGCGGAGAAUGCGUCAAGUGGUGUAUGUAUUUGAUAUAGAGAUAUUUGAUUUUAUAGAGUAGUAGUGGAUAUCUUUUAGAAGAUAAUGGAAUGAUUGUGUAAGUUAAUUCAUUAAG